CGUACGUCCGUGCGCGUGUGUGUCAACUAGUUGUUAGCUCGCGCUAGCUACCCAGUGAGCUAGCUAGUUAGCUUCUUGGGACCUUUUAACGUAGGCAGCGUUUAAUGCCGAGAAGCAGCUGUCGUUCAUCAUGAGACAAGCCCCCCCGCGUUGCACGUGCGCCCCCCUUAACGCCAAAGACGACGAGGGGGCUUUCACACCGCGAUGAGAAGUUAGCCAACGACAACAAAAAGUAAGCCACAAUUUUUUUGGACAGGCGAUUGCUUGGCUCGCUAGCAUCCCGAGAAGGAAACGGCUCUGAGAUUUGGCAAGGACUGGACGCGGAAGGAGGGUAAUGAGGCGAGCUGGACAACUAACGCCGACUGUAAGCGUCGCUGGGGUGUACAUUUAGGAAAAGAAAGGGGAAAAAAACGAUUUCCCCGCGAGGACAAUCAAAUCCAAAAAGCAACCGUUAGCUCAUGACGAGCAACCAACGUUUACCCAACCUUCGGCCGGUUGUGCUAACUUGUUUUUUUUGUGGGCUGGGGUUACGGUAAACGUUCCCCGGCUAACCACGGGGACCGUACCCUACUUGAGGUGCUGGUACAUCCGGCCUAGCGUUAGCUAGCUGGGAGCCAACAGCCUGCUGGUGUUGCUCGUUUGUCCGCCAGUGUGCCGCUGCUCUCAGUCAUGUUUCUGUAUUGAACAGAGGGGAUCGGAGGCGUUGGUGGUGCAUCGGGGCGCACUUUGCCGAUCAUAAAUGGAAGGGGGGGGAGAUGCGAGAGCUAGGCUAAGUUGUCUGCUAGCUCGCUAAUGUCAAUCAGAAAACUUAAUCUAACCUUAGCUGGCAGAGCACUGGCCUUGACGUGCGAGCAGGGCGUUUUAAGCUCUGUCAUCCUGUUUUUAAAUAUGAUGGCUGGAGCAAAUAACGCCAUGUUAUGUAAUCCUGGGUUGAAGACAUCCAUUGAAACACUUAACUCUCACUUGAUUCUAAUCAUUGUGACGUCAGCAUGUGUCAGUACGUCCUUCUUUACAGCUAUGCAUGAUACAUAAUUAAAACCAAACUUUUCUCCAACGCUACUAAUGUAAUAUGUAAACCUGGGCAUUUCUAACACAUUUGAAGUUAUUGUGUGAUUUGCAGUGUGUUUAAUGUUGGCUACAUGUGAGAAGCAAACCAGUUGUGAUCUUUCUUUCAGAUGAACUUUUUUUCUUACGUUCAGUGGGUUACCAUUGUGCCAAAAAGUCACUCUCCCGGUUAUCCAAAAAGGAUUAGGCUUGAGCAGGGCAAAACUGGUGCAGGGAGAGAGCCCAUACUGGCACGGGAAUAUGAAAGGACUCUUGACCUCAACUGAAGUCAACGUAUCCGUGACCCAGAACUGUUGUCCUUGAUGAAACCGUCUUGGUUAACCUGCCAUCCCCAAUGGAAGUGCCAUCGUAGACAUAAGACACUGUGGCUUGAACUGCUGCACAGUUUUUUGAGCGUUCCGGUCCUCGGGUGACUGCCCCCCCACGGUGAAGAUGGGUUCCCAAGCGCUUCAGAUCUUGCGGCAGGGUGUGUGGGCUUCGCUCACGGGAGGCUGGUAUGUGGACCCACACCAGAGCACGUUCUCCAACUGCUUCCACCUCUACCUUUGGAUAUUUCUCCUGGCCUUCCCCUUUCUGCUCUACAUGGCUCUCCCCGCCAGCUUGGUGGUUGCGGGCGUGUACUCUGCCGUGGUGGCAGUCUUUUUCACAGCCAUUAAGGUGGUGAACUACCGUCUUCACACUAUGUUUGACCUCGGGGAGAUCGUAGAGAAGAAGCACGCCUCACUCACAGCGGAAGCCCCGAGAACAGAAGAAGGAGAUGAAGUUUCGGGUGUCCAUGAUGGGAAUCGGCGCCGGGAGAGUCAUGUUGGUGUAGAGAUGACUGUGUUUCGGAAGGUCAACUCAACACCUCCGGUGCGCUGUAGCUCCCAACACUCUCUGUGUGGAUUGAACCAGGUGUCGGAGUUCUUGCCCCAGCUGGAGGAUACAAGAGGCGCCAAUAAUAUCAGAGAGCUAAUGCGUGAACAAGGAAGCAAUAACGGGAUUGUUACGCAUGCUCACCGGGAGGUCCCAGGACAGAAGUCCCAGGACACCAUUCGGACCCCCAGCGUGGUCCAGUCCUGCAUUGCUGCUGCUCUGGGAGGGGAUUUCCCAGGUCUUAUGGGAGUAUCUGGAAUGUCAGCUGGAUUUGGAGAACCUGGAGUCUGCCUGUCAAUCCCCCCUUCGCCCUCCAGUCAAGAAGAUGGAGGCGAGAAAGAACUGUUGCAGGAAUUGGAGGAGCCACCAGAGCAAUUGGACAAGGGGUUGGGGUCUUAUUCUCCCCUCGGCCCAUCUGCUGAAUCUGAGAGUUUGCGGGACACUCCCCUUAGUCCACUUAUAAAGAGCAGCUUAAGUGAGGAGCUGAGUGAAAAUCUGUUGGGUUUGGGGCUCGACCCUGUCGUCUUUGCGCCCGGGACCGAGCAUCCAGGCAGCCGCAGUGGGGUAGCGCUGGCUGCCGGAUCCACAGACAGCUGCUUCAGUGCGGGCGGAGCCACCACGGACCGCGAGACCCUGAGCACCGUCAGCAGUUACCGCAGUGAAAAAACGGAUUCCACUCAGCUGGAAAGCCCUUCGCUCAGCCAGCACGGCCCUGCAGACGGACAGGCUUCUGCCUCGGCACCAGCGGUAGGUUUUAUCAUCCCAAAGCCCUCGGAAGACCCGGAAGAAGAGGGUGGAAGUGAUACCGACAACCUGUCAGACAGCGUCCUGCUGCGCUCCCCUUCCAAAGAAUUCUCCCUCAGCCAAGGGCUGGACAGGACACUUGUUGAAGGAGAGGAUUUGUCCCCCGUACCCUGUGACCUUGCGCGGUCCCGUCCUCGCCAGAACUCUUCCCCUUCGAGUAGUGGCCGCUCGGAGGUUUGCGAUUCAGACCGAAAAGCCUCGGUCCCGCCCCUACCCCCACCUCGGCAGGCCAACUCGGUACCGUCCGGGCUGGCCCUGGGUCUGGUGUGUUCCGAGCCGGCUUUGCCCAUAUCCUCCACCCCCUUUUUACUGUCUGACCAGCCUGCCCUGCAGGCCCAGCAGGUGGUGCGCCCCAAAGACUUGAAGCUGUUGCGGGCCAGCGGCAGUAGCGUGGGCCACCGGCCGGGCCGUAGGAAAGCUCCGCGGCGGCGAGCCGGAGCCGGAAGCAGUAGUUUUGACUGUGGCUCUUACAGACGUCCCCACAGUCACAGACAACACAGAGAUUACAUCCCCGUGCGCAGCCGACUGGGCGCCAAGGCCUACAGCGAGAGUUUGUUUGAGGAUUCCAGCGACGACGACGACGACGGCAGCGACAUGAGCGCUGGAUCGAGCCUCGGCUCUCAGCGCCGAUACAGUUCAGAUGAGGACGACGACGACUCCAGCUCCUCUACCUCCUGCUACUCCCCCGACCUCGCCAACGCUGGUCCUGCGUCCCAGCACCCUGCUGGUGCCCAACUGCCUGCCCCGAGGGAAGGGGCUCUACCUGAGGCCGCCGGCCCCUCCCACCCCCGCGCCGCUCAGCGCUCUUCGAGCACGGCCAGCGCCAAGACUCACGCGAGGGUGCUGAGCAUGGACGAGGCGGGCGGGGGCCAGAGCAACGCAGCGGCUCCGCCCUCCACUCUGCUCGCGAUGCCCUCCGCCUCGACCCCGGCGGCCCGCACGCUCACCACCUCCAAGUCCGACCUGGAGGACCGCACCAUCCAUACCGACGGCUUCCCGGGGGCUCAUCUUCACCACCACCACCACCACCAUCAUCAUCAUCGGCUGGAUUCUCUUGGGGGCUCUUGGACCGGCAACCAGAUCAGCUGGCGGGCCGAAGAGCUGCUGGAAGAGGGAGCCGUGGGAGGAGCAAUGGCUGCAGAGGAUGGAGGCAAACAGGACUCAGUGAGCAGUGUUAAGAGGACCCAGGCCAUCCGCCGGAGACACAAUGCAGGGAGCAACCCGACACCUCCCCCCUCCACCAUGGGCUCCCCUCCAAGCCUGCAGGACCUCCAGCGGGCGCGCACCUCCUCUCAUUCACGCACCCGCACGCUUCCCUCGGCCUUACAAUUCGCCUCCUCACUUCUCCUGCCCCGGAGCGGUAUCCAUGAGGCCUCCACCUUCGACGACACAUCUGAGGGCGCCGUGCACUAUUUCUUUGACGAGAGCGGAGUCAAGAGGUCCUACACAUUUGGACCUUCUGGAGGCGGAUACGAGGACCCAUUUCAGGAGAGGGAGAGGGAGAGAGAGAGGGAGAGACAGUCCCAGUCUUCCAGCUUCACUUCCACAGAGGUCCAGGAAGGGGCACCGGUCCUCUCCAUGCUGCAGCCGAGGCCCGUGGUUUUACAGGGCAUGCAGGUGCGCAGGGUGCCUCUGGAAAUGCCUGAGUUUGAUCUGGAUCACGAGUCUCCACAAGAGUCCCAGGAAAACACUCUGAUGAUUGAGGAGAAAGCCAAACCCAAACAGUACUAUCGCUUUUGGGUGCUGCCUGGAAAGUGGCUGAGGGUUCGAUACGAUCGACUGGCUCUCCUGGCCCUGUUGGACAGGAACCGUCGUGUGGCAGAGAACGUGUUCGCCGUGGUGCUCGCCAGCCUGGUGGCCUUCCUGGGGUUCCUCCUGCUGCUCCAGGACUUCUUCAGGGACAUCUGGGUCUUCCAGUUCUGCCUGGUCAUUGCCAGCUGCCAGUACUCCUUAUUGAAGAGUGUGCAACCAGAUGCAGCCUCGCCCAUGCACGGCCAUAACUGGAUCAUCGUGUACAGUCGACCGGUCUACUUUUGCCUGUGCAGUGUGAUGAUCUGGAUCUUUGACCUGUCGGGGCGCUCCGGCAGCGUGCAACCCUUCGCCCUCUACGGCGUCACCUUCUUCUCUGCACAUUUCCUGCUCUGUGUCAGGGAUAUGCUCAUCGUGUUUGCCUUGUGUUUCCCGGUCAUUUUCCUGUUCGGGUUGCUACCUCAGGUCAACACUUUUGUGAUGUGUCUGCUGGAGCAGAUCGACAUGCACAUUUUUGGUGGAACUGCCACCACCAGCCCCCUCUCCUCUCUGUUCAGCCUCAUUCGCAGCAUGGUGGUGGCGUCUCUGCUGUAUGGAUUUUGCCUUGGUGCGAUUAACGCACCGUGGGGGGACGCCCAUGUGCCAGUACUGUUCUCUGUGUUCUGUGGCCUACUCCUGGCCUUAUCCUACCACCUCAGCCGCCAAAGCAGUGACCCCACCAUCCUGUGGUCACUGGUCAAGUCUAAAUUAUUCCCAGAGUUGGAGAACCGAACGCCAGAAGAACCCCCUUUGGAGAUCAAGGACCCUCUGCCUGAGAAGCUGCGUAGCUCUGUGAGAGAGAUUCUUCAUUCAGACCUCGUCAUGUGUCCCCUUAUGGCUGUGAUUACCUUCGCCAUCAGUGCCAGCACAGUUUUCAUCGCUCUUCAACCUGCUCUCAGCUUCGUCCUGUACAUCCUGGCCGGAGUUGUGGGCUUCAUCACGCACUAUCUCCUGCCUCAGCUCCGCAAGCAGCUGCCAUGGUUCUGCCUGGCUCACCCUGUGCUCCGCUCAAAAGAGUACAGUCAGUUUGAGGUCCGAGAUGCUGCUCAGCUGAUGUGGUUUGAGAAGCUGUACGCGUGGCUUCAGUGUGUGGAGAAAUAUUUCAUCUAUCCGGCUGUGGUGCUCAACUCCCUCACGUCAGAAGCUCGAACCGUGGCACAGAACCACAAAGAUUUGGACAUCUACCGAGCUCUGUUCAUCUCAGUAGCAGGCAUGAAGUUGCUGCGUUCAUCUUUCUGUGCUCCGUCGCAGCAGUACGUCACACUCUGCUUCACCACACUCUUCUUCCAGUUUGACUAUCCACACUUUUCGGAGACCUUCCUAAUCGACUACUACUUCAUGUCCAUUCUCUUCAGCAAGAUGUGGGACCUGCUGUACAAGCUGCGCUUUGUGUUGACUUACAUUGCCCCCUGGCAGAUCACCUGGGGCUCUGCCUUCCAUGCCUUCGCUCAACCAUUCGCUGUUCCCCACUCGGCUGUACUCUUUGUCCAGGCCAUCUUUUCCGCGAUUUUUUCUACCCCUCUCAAUCCUGUCCUCGGCAGUGCGGUGUUUGUCACUUCGUACACAAGACCGGUCAAAUUCUGGGAGAGAGACUACAACACCAAGCGCGUUGAUCAUUCCAACACCAGACUGGCCACCCAGUUAGACCGCAACCCAGGGGCCGACGACAACAAUCUGAACUCUAUUUUCUACGAGCACUUGACGCGCUCUCUGCAGCACAGCCUGUGUGGGGACCUGCUGCUCGGCCGCUGGGGCAACUACACCACAGGCGACUGCUUCAUCCUCGCCUCGGACUACCUCAACGCUCUGGUGCACAUAGUCGAGAUCGGCAACGGCCUGGUCACCUUCCAGCUGAGGGGUCUCGAAUUCAGAGGUACCUACUGUCAGCAGAGGGAGGUAGAGGCCAUCACGGAAGGAGUAGAGGAGGACGAGGGCUGCUGCUGCUGUGAACCUGGUCACCUUCCUCACAUGUUGUCAUUCAACGCCGCCUUCGGACAGCGCUGGCUGGCCUGGGAGGUGGCCGCCACCAAGUAUGUGCUAGAGGGCUACAGUAUCAGCGACAACAAUGCAGCCUCCAUGUUGCAGGUGUUCGACCUGCGUAAGAUCCUCAUCACUUAUUAUGUCAAGAGCAUCAUCUACUACGUGAGUCGGUCAUCUAAGAUGGACGAGUGGCUGACUAAUGAGACCAUUCAGGAGGCUCUACGGCCCUGUUUUGGAUCCAACUACGUAGACAGUGACCCCACUUUCAACCUGAACAUCGAUGAGGACUACGACCACAGAGCCUCUGGCAUCACCGCCUUGUCUUUCUGUAUGAUUUACCUGGACUGGAUUCAGUACUGCAACAGCCGGCGUCAAACGCCGGUGACUUGUGAAAGAGAUUCUCCACUUGUCAACCUGUGUUUCGGGCUGUGCAUCCUGGGCAGACGAGCUCUGGGGACGGCCUCCCACAGCAUGUCUGCAAGCUUGGAGCCAUUUCUCUAUGGCCUUCAUGCACUUUUCAAGGGAGACUUUCGCAUCACAUCUCCGAGGGACGAAUGGGUGUUUGCAGAUAUGGACCUGCUGAACCGAGUUGUGGCGCCGGGAGUUCGUAUGUCCCUCAAAUUGCAUCAGGACCACUUCACGUCUCCAGACGAGUAUGAGGAUCCUGCGGUUCUGUACGACGCCAUCACGGCCAAUGAAGAGAAGAUGUUGAUAUCUCACGAGGGGGACCCCGUGUGGCGCAGCGCCAUCCUAGCAAACAUGCCUUCGCUGCUGGCGUUGCGCCACAUCAUGGACGACGGGAGCGACGAGUACAAGAUCAUCAUGCUGAACAAGAGGUUCCUCAGCUUCAGGGUCAUCAAGGUGAACAGAGAGUGUGUGCGUGGGCUGUGGGCGGGGCAGCAGCAGGAGCUGGUUUUCCUGCGCAACCGUAACCCAGAGCGCGGCAGCAUUCAAAAUGCUAAGCAGGCCCUGAGGAACAUGAUCAACUCCUCGUGUGACCAGCCCAUUGGCUACCCCAUCUACGUGUCCCCUCUCACCACCUCGUACGCCGGGGGGCACGGCCAGCUGCGGUCUGUGUGGGGAGGGCCGGUCAGCCCACACAACAUCUACGCCUGGCUCAUCAGUAGCUGGGACAGGUUACAGAAAGGCUGUGGGGCCGGCUGCAACAGUGGAGGAAACAUCGAGGAUUCGGACUGCGGGGGCGGCUCCAUCUCCAUCUCCACCAACCCGGCCGUUCACACCACGCAGAGUACUCCGGCCUCUGGCCUGCCACAGCCACACGUUACCGCUGUCCAGCCUUCCAUGGGUACAGACAACCCCGUAGGUCCAACCCACAGCUGGCCUCACCACCCUCAGCCUCUCCCAUUAGCUCUGCUCAGCCAAUCAGAGGGCAGGAUGGAGGCGGGACUGCUCACCUCCCUACAGCGAACGUCCUCCAUCCAGGGUCUCCUGGGCCAGCAGCUCUCCAGCUCGCAGCUCUCCUUCAGCACCUCCGUGGCUCCGCCUUCUCUGCCGGGCUCGGAGCGCUUCUGCCCGGCGAGCCUCCUCGAGCACUCGGGUCACAGGGCGGGCCAGCGGGCCGGCCUCGGCCAGGUCAGCGGGCUGCACUACGAGAGCCACUUCAGCAAGUGGAGCUUUUCAGGCAGGAAGGGCUUUAACGGGCCGGCUGCAGUGGAGGGGGAAGGAGGAGCGGUACAGACCAUACGCACACAGCCAACUCUUCCUGCGCCCUUUCAAGACACCAGUCGGACACAAGAUCCCCUGGGGGCUUCUCAGAUGAUGGAUCCAACCCUGCCCACUGCAGGGGACCCCCCCACCCCCCGAGAGGAAUCCACAGAGCUGCCUUUACUCGAGCACCUGCGCUGAGUCUGCACUGGGGGGGGGCGUGGCCCACAGUGACGGGCUUUGCAGAAAGGCUUAUGCUACAAAAUGUACACGUCCCAGUCUGGACCGGACCGGACCCGGCUCGCCCACGCCACUGUCUGUGUCUCCGUCAGCUCUCCUUGGACGCGCUCAGCGGCCCACUGCGAUACUGCACGCGUUGGGUCAGACGCGUUUUUCCUGUUUACUUGUCGGCCAAAGGAGGGAAAGCGUUGGAUAACUCUCAGAACUGAUGCACAUCGGAUGAUGUCGGGAUUUCAGCCAUCCUGUUAAUUCAGCUUUUCAUCCUUUGCUCCUGAUGAUAUUCUUAACUUUGUUUCCUGACAACCUUUUGCUGGUGACAUUAGUGAAAGGCAGGUGCAAUUAUAUGGAAUAUUUUGCUUGAGCCGUGAAUACUUUUCUAUACAGGAGAAUUGAUGACCGUUUCUAACGCUCUAUUACUUGACUUCUGCAGCAGCCGUUUUUUUUUUUGUUUGUUUUUUGCGUUACCAAUCAAAAAAAGACAAACACAUUACUGCUGUAUGUGAAGUGAAGGAUAUGUGGAAACCACGUUAAGCCUUGUUUAGCUUUUCCCAACUUGACCGCAGUUGUGUGUCCUUAUUUAAUAGUUCACAUUUUCUGGAGUCUCCGCUUCUCCUUCCCUGCACAUUACACACCUUCAACAAGAAAAGAAAAGAAAAAACAUGCCCUACCAAAAUGUCAUCCAUGUUCUCUGGUUCUAUUUCCUACAGAGGUGCCUGACGACGUCAACAGUUCUGUCUUGGAUCGAGUUUCAGGGUUUAAAAAAAAAAAAAAAACUCCUUUCCGUCCCAGCCAAAAUGUGGUGCUUUGACCGCUAGUUUACAUUCUAUUUAGGCCUGGACUUGAGUCCUGAAUCUGACUAGCGACCCACAGCAGUGGGAGGACUCUGGAUUCCAAUCUUUGGAAAUUGUGUUGAUCACAAAGCUACAACCUAGGAGUGUUAGAAACUCAAAGCCUUUUUUUGGUGAGUGGAAUGUCCUCUAUUUUAAUACUUGAAGAAUCACAAGUUCCUCUGUAUUUAAGGUGCACCAAGUUUAUUUUUUGGGGGGGAUUUUUGGAUCAACGACAGCCUGACUGAUCGGAUCCACUCGGCUCAUUACUUGCUCGAUAUAAGGGACCCAGGCUGCUUUGUGUUCUUUGCCUGCAGGACGGCCCUCCCGUUACUAUACUACUGCUUCUGCAUCUCCUGCUACUAAUAAUACACCCACUACUACUGCUGCUGUUUCUACAACAGUCAAAUCCAGCGUUUUAGUUGGAAAUAAACAAAGUUUAAUACCGAAAGCAAAGGUGGAAUAUUUAUUUGACUAAUAUUGUCUCACAGAUAUCUAACUUGAGUUUGUCAACAAUGGUGUGAUGUAUCGAAUUGGAAAUAUGCCUUCUGUUAACUGCACCUCGACCCCUCCCUCAAUGUGUCAUCACAUUUGUAUCAUCUCGCCGAUGGCCGUCUUUUUUUUAUUAUUUUGUAAUACAGUAAAACUGGAAGUAUUUCUGAUAAAUUACUUAAGUUUGGUUUCUUUCCCAGUCCUGUAUGCGUUUCUCCCCCCUCCGCUGCAAAAUGCAAGUUAAAACCCAAUUUGAGGGGUUGAAGCAACAAGGAGACGGCAGUCGACCAAAUUCCUCCCGCAUUCAGUGGCGUUGUCCCCACACGUUUGCUGCAAUGCUUGAAUUAUUAUGAAUUAGUUGUUUUCUUCCCCUCUAGGAAACUUGAGAGGAGGCCACCGUUCUCAGGGUCUAUAAUUGGAAAGAAAUGUACCGCCUGAAGGAGGGCUUUUAAAAAAGGUUCUGCUAUAACGCUGCGAAUGGUGCAAAGUGCGUCAGUAUCCUUCACGAAACACCUCCCUUGACUCAGGAAAAUAGACUUUCUGAUGUGCUUUUUUUUUUUUUUUUUUUUUUUGCUACAGUCGUCUUGUUUCCAAAGCAACGGGGAGCAAUGUGUGUCGUUUCUUUGCUGGGAGUGUGGAAAGCACAACAGACAGAUCUGGGUGUCAAAAGGGAUUUCUUAUGUACAGCAUGUUUCUUAUAUAAAUAUAUAUUUAAAAUACAAAUCUAUUUUAUUAUUAUUCGAUUUUUGGUUAUUUUACAUUUAAGACACUAUGUUGGAAUUGGUGGAUGACCCUUUGUGUUCAUCAGAAGGGAGAUCUUUUUGGAGAGGCACUUUUCAAGUUGAAAUGUGCUGUUUGGGGAAAAAUCUAAUACUUUUGCACAAAAUGUAUCAUACACCAUCCCGCUUUAUCAUUUUAGGAGGGGAGGUCUUUUAUUUAAGAACUUAAAGUGGAUGUUCAAUGUUCUGUACAGUUUUUUUUUUGUUUUUUUUAUGUGAUUUUUUUUUUCUUCUAUUUAAAUUAAAGUUUUUUGUGUCAUUG